AUGAGUUACAUUAUUUUAUCAGAUGCACAUUCUGGGCUUUAUUUGAACGGAGAAGAUGAACUCGAACUUGAAGAGGUAGUUCGUCCGAUAGAUAUUGAUAAGGUGAAAAAGAGAGGGUUUCGUCGAAUACAUCGGGAAUUGGAAGAGGAAAUGUCAUUCAAAAGAGAGGGAUUCGAAGCAGUAGGAAGAAGCGUUUUUUUGAUUUUUGAAUGCAAUUGUUCUUGUCGUCGUGCUUGCUUCACUCCAUUGUCAUCCAUUUGCGAGCUUGAUCGUCUUCAUUGCAGAAGCAUUAGUCUUGGAUUUUGAGUAAUUCAAACGAUGGCAAGAAACCAAUCACAUUGAGGUAUGGAUUUGAUCUUUGUAUUAAUUGCCCCAAAAUUUAAUUUGCAUUUGGUGGGACCAUCAUCGACAUGGGUAUAAAUGAAAUUUUAAUUAUGG